AUGACUGACUCUAUAGAUAUAGAAGAAGUAGGAACAAUGCCUGAUACAUAUAAUAACAUAAGGGACCCUUAUACAAAAACAAAAUUUAUAGAGCAAGAACCAUCCAAGGAAGAUAUAAAUCAAGAGAUCUCAGAUGAAUUAUUAACUCCUUCGAACCAGUUAUCUUGGGACUUGUUAGAUUUGGUUCAAUCUUUGCCACAAGUAAACCAAAACAAACUCUAUGAUGGAUUGCUAAACGUGCCAAAUCCUAUUAGUAGGACAUCCUUUAGAUUUAAACGGUCAGGCAUCGCAGGUACAAUUGAUGGGUAUAAAGAGGAAUUGCGUCUUUCCGAAUUAGAUAAUGCAAAUUCUAGCAACUCAUUAUCCGUCAAUAGGAAAUUUACGUCUAAAAAUGAUGCUUUGAGAGGUAAAUCGACAUUCUUGCCGUUUCAACCCGGUGGUUUGUUGGACAAGAAAUCGAUGAUUAAUGCAGCAAAGGAUGAAUCAGCAUUUUUGCAUAGAAACGAGAUGGGGUUAUUUGAUAUACCUCAAGGUCUAUCUAGGGGUUUAAAUAUACUGGAUUCAACAGUUCUGGAUGAUAAUAUUGCCAGUUUAGAACAAAUUAAAGAAACUCAAGAUUCUCAACCCGAAGAAUUAAUAUCUGAAGGAAAGAAUUUUAUAGAAUCAAAUAAUCUUUUAGAACAAGAUUCCAAAUCCGAUAACCGUCUUCCUUUUGAAUCAGAAGAUAUAGAUGGUAUCGUACCACUGGAUUAUGCAUAUAUGAAACAGUCGAUUGACCAAGCGCCAGAACAAAAGAAAAGUUGGGCUCAUGUCGUUGAUUUAGAUCACAAAUUAGAAAACUUCAGAGACGUCAUUCCAAACAUGGCUCGGGAAUGGCCGUUUGAGCUUGAUACUUUCCAGCAAGAAGCUGUAUAUCAUUUGGAACAAGGAGAUUCAGUUUUCGUUGCAGCCCAUACAUCAGCCGGUAAAACAGUUGUUGCUGAAUAUGCAAUUGCAAUGGCUACUAGAAAUAUGACCAAGGCUAUUUACACUUCACCAAUUAAAGCAUUAUCAAACCAAAAGUUCAGAGACUUCAAAGAAACUUUUAAGGACAUAGAUGUUGGUUUGAUUACCGGAGAUGUUCAAAUAAAUCCGGAAGCCAAUUGUCUUAUUAUGACAACUGAGAUUUUGAGGUCUAUGUUAUAUAGAGGAGCUGAUCUUAUCCGUGAUGUGGAAUUUGUUAUUUUCGAUGAAGUUCACUAUGUGAACGAUAUUGAUCGUGGUGUUGUCUGGGAAGAGGUAAUUAUUAUGUUACCAGAUCAUGUGAAAUACAUUCUUUUAUCAGCAACUGUUCCUAAUACGUACGAGUUUGCAAAUUGGGUUGGUAGGACAAAACAGAAAGAUAUAUACGUUAUUUCAACGCCUAAAAGACCAGUUCCAUUAGAAAUAUUCAUAUGGGCAAAAGAUAAAUUAUUCAAAGCUAUUGAUGCCAAUAGAAAGUUUUCAGAUAUUGAGUUUAAAAAGCAUAAAGAAAUUUUAGAAAAGGGAAAUAAAAAGGAACCUCCCAAUGUCACAAUGGGAGCAGGUAGUCGUGGUGGACGUGGAGGAACCGCCAGGGGUGGUAAUAGAGGUGGAGGUCAAGUAGCAAAUAGAGGUAGAGGCAACUUUCUGGGCGGAAGAGGUGGAUUGACUAGAGACGGGCCAAAUAAAAAUACAUGGGUCUCGCUUGUGCAAUACAUGAAACAACACAACUUAUUACCUGCUGUGAUUUUUGUAUUUUCAAAGAAGAAGUGUGAAGAAUUUGCUGACACAUUGAGCAAUGUAGACUUCUGUAAUGCAAGAGAAAAAUCAGAAGUACAUAUGUUCAUUGACAGAGCAGUUUCCAGAUUAAAGAAGGAAGACCGUGAAUUACCACAAAUAAUUAAAAUCAGAGACUUCUUAAGUAGAGGUAUUGCAGUUCAUCAUGGUGGAUUAUUACCUAUUGUCAAAGAAUGUAUUGAAAUAUUGUUUGCCAAAUCUUUGGUAAAAGUAUUAUUUGCUACAGAAACAUUCGCAAUGGGGUUGAAUUUGCCCACGAGAACUGUUGUUUUCAACACAUAUAGAAAGCAUGAUGGCAGAGGGUUUAGAAACUUGUUACCUGGUGAAUUUACACAGAUGUCUGGAAGAGCAGGUAGAAGAGGUUUGGAUGACACAGGAACGGUUAUUGUUAUGUCUUUCAAUGAACCCUUAUCGCCUACUGAUUUCAAGGAUGUAACUCUAGGUACUCCGACAAAGUUGCUGUCUCAAUUCAGAUUGACGUAUAAUAUGAUUCUAAACCUCUUGAGAAUUGAAGCAUUACGGGUUGAAGAGAUGAUCCAAGCACUCAUUUAG